AUGGAUCUCAGGAAGGAUCUAUCGAUGCGACAGAUUUAUGACUUUUACGGCACAAACAGCAGCGAUGAAGGCAUCAAAUACCUAGCCACCGUCUUUGAGAUCGACCAAGAGUCCGAACGGAGCGGCAUACUCCUGGAUUUCUACUACUACAAUCUGAGCUUUGCAAGACAUCAAAAGUUCACGCCAGAUAAAACCUCGGCCUUCUUUUCCAUCAUGAAGCAGACACACAACAGCUGUACCGCCUCGCCCUUUCUGAAUCUGCAAAAAGACUACGAGGCCUUCAAGGGUCUACUUCUCAAGCACUCUGUUCACCGUCCACCGUAUAGCCAGAAGGUGUUUUCCCUUGAGGACGUGAAGAUCAUUUCGGAAUAUGCCCGCAACACGUACUUUCGACAUUACCUCAUGUACAAAUACGCGUUCACCAAGAAACUGAAGCUAGAUCUCGUCGUCGACAAUCUCGAUAUCACGCCCGUCGCCCUGUCUACCGAGAGUCUACCCGGCAAGAUCGAGGGAGAGGUCGAAAGUACUCAAAAGAUAGAAACGUCUGCCGCAAACCCCUCCGAGCUCCAGGCGACUGUUGUGCAGCCAGCACAGACCGCCGUGCCGCUUGUGGCCGACGUACUGGAGGCAACACAGGUGGCACCCCCAGCAGCCAAUCCUCCCCCGGUCGUCGAGGCCCAGCCAGAGGCGCUCCCAAGCGAUAGCAGCGAAAAGCCAAUACUCUCGCAGCAAGAGAUCGUCGCCGAAGAGCUCCGCAGUCACGUCAUGACAAUCCUCUCUGGCAAGAUCGACGAGCUGAAAUCGGUGCUGAUGGGCAAGCUUACGGCUCAAGAGGACGUGAUCAACCAGAAGAUCAAGAAGAUCGAGGAGAGAGAGGAGGAGAAAAAGAAAGAUCCAAAGGCAGCCAAGAAGAAGUAGAUGCUGGAGCACGAGGAGGCACCUGGUUUUCCAGAGAGUGGUCGCCAGGGCGGUAUCAAUGGAGACUGUCGAGCGAGGGUCUAUGGCGUCUUGUCCACAGGGUGCGCAUUCGGGGCGGGCGAGCGGGAUGAAGAAGAUUCACUGUUUCCGAAAGGCGAGUUCGUUUGUCGAGUUCGCCUCUGUCGAACUGCGUCCGUGAAAUACACCUUGAAAUAUGAUAGGCUCCAGAUGCAUUCACGAGCCGAGGGAGAAGCGUCUCUUCAGUCGCCCGACCUACUUUGAACACAAACGGAUCGAUCAGAUCAUGCAAUAUAACGACUCAGAAUGUCGAGGUCAAUAUU